AGCCUUUGGUUUUUCCUCCUAGAUUAUAAUAACUAUUAUUAUUUGAACAAUGUUGCUGUUGUAUUUAUUUUGAGCUUUACCCUUUUUCCCAUUAAAAUUUUUUGAGCUUUGGAAAAACCAACCAGCCAACAGGUUUUUAUUCAGCUCCUGAAAUCUUUAAGUUCUGAAGGGAGCUGAAAGAAAAUCUUAAUACAUAGUUGCAGGGACAGGCUACAUAGUCUUGCUGAUUUUUGCACUGUGAAGAGUAUCCAGAGUUUGAUGUUGAUGUUUGUUUGAUUGUAUAGACUAAGGAGGGGGAUAGUUUGAUAUUUACAUGGAAGGGAGAGAAGGUAUGAGCUCUGGUGUUACAGUGAUAGGAGCAGAAGCUCCAUCAGCAUAUCACAUGGCACCAAGGGUUGAAGCUCCAAUUCAAAACCAGGGUCCUGUUCCUGUUCCUGAAGCUUCAGCAGCUAUUGUGGUCUCACCAGUGAGUGUGGGAUUGGAUGGAGGAGUAGUGAAGAAGAAAAGGGGCAGGCCAAGGAAAUAUGGGCCAGAUGCUCCAGGUGGUGGUACUAUGGCAUUGUCGCCGUUGCCGAUCUCAUCUUCGGCUCCAUUUUCUAAUGACUUUUCGUCCGGGAAGCGGGGGAAACCGCAGGGGAUGGAAUACAAGCAAUCCAAGAAAGCUGGGGUGGAUCAUCUAGGUGACUCUGUUGGUACAAAUUUCAUGCCCCAUAUCAUUACCGUCAAUGCUGGUGAGGACAUUACGAUGAAGGUUAUAUCUUUUUCCCAACAAGGGCCUCGAGCUAUAUGCAUCUUGUCUGCUAAUGGUGUAAUUUCAAAUGUUACACUUCGCCAGCCUGAUUCUUCUGGAGGAACGUUGACCUAUGAGGGCCGUUUUGAGAUACUUUCAUUGUCUGGAUCAUUCAUGCCUACUGAAAGCCAAGGAACAAGAAGCAGAUCUGGUGGGAUGAGUGUUUCUUUGUCGAGCCCAGAUGGCCGUGUUGUCGGUGGAGGAGUUGCUGGUCUUCUUGUCGCUGCCAGCCCUGUGCAGGUGGUGGUGGCAAGUUUUCUGCCAAGCAACCAGCAAGAUCAGAAACCAAAGAAGCCAAAGUCUGAUUAUGCAUCACCCCCAGCUACUUUUACACCAGCCACCGCAGUGUCUUCUGCACCAUCCGCAGCUAAUGGUGAAAAGGAAGAUGUCAUGAGCUCCCAUCUACUGCAAAAUUCUGGAGCCUUCAACCCAAACCUCGCUCCUCCUCCUCCGUCGGCCUUUCGAAGAGAAAACUGGGUUAACAUGCACUCUAUGCCGGAUUCGAUGAAGUCCGCAACUGAUAUUAACAUAUCUUUACCUGAUAAUUAAGAAAAUCCUCUAGUGUUGGUGACAACAUUAAUUCAUGACUGAGCUAUUUAUUUAAUGAUUUCUUCCAGUGUUGUUCUGUGUCAUGUAGGUUGUUUCAAACUUGUUGUAUGGUGUCUAAUGACCAUAGGGUGAAGUUGUAGUUGACAAGUGUUAUUAAUUUGAAGUUAGGUUUCUAUUUCUUUGUCUGAUAGAGCAUCGGAUUUGUCGGCUGAUUAGGUAGAUGCUGCAAUCUGCAGUGGUAUGAGUAUGCUAAUUCGAAUGUAAUGAGAUUUGGUUGUCUAUUCUAAGACUGAAUUGGUUGGA